UCUUUGGUUGUCACUAUGGCAACGGAUUAUUAUUGGACAUAAUAUUUGUAAAUAAAAUCAAUUGAAUAGAGAAUAAAUAAUUUUCCGUGAAUAAUUAGCAGAAUAUAACUUUAAAAAGAACAUUUAUUAUUAGGAUUUUCGACGGUUUAUGGAGUAGUCUUCAGUUAUUCGGCCAGUCAAGAUGCCUGGCCAUGAAGCCCCUUGCGUGGAACUUGGCAGCGCUCCCCAGACGCCGAGUGUCGGGCCGUCGCCUUCGCCUUCAGAAAUAUCAAGUACAAGUACUCCUGAGCCACAUAAUUUGCGACCGACACCUUUGUUUAGGGCGCUGGCUAUGCCGCCUCCCGAGCCCGAGCAGCCGCCGGGGCAGGACGAGCUGGAGCGCCGCCUGCCCGGCUACCGGCGCAUCGUGAUACCGAGGGAUCUCACGCUCAUAGAGCUAUUGAAACAAUCGAGCGGCGCUCAGACCGACGAGGAAGUUCUCCGCAUCCGCGAGGCGAAGCUGCGCGUGAUCGCGGAGCAGGUCGGGCUGCGGCGGCUGCCGGUGCUCGCGCCGAGGUUGCGCGAGCUCACGCUUGACGGGAGCGCCGUCGCGACGUUGCGCGACCUUGGCAUCGGACUUGCGCGUUUAAAGAUCCUGAGCAUAAACCGCUGCGGUCUGACGAGCCUCGACGGGGUGUGGGGCCUGGGCGCCUUACGGGAGCUCCACGCGGCCGGUAACCGGCUGCGCGACUUUCAACUUUUGGCCGGUCUUCAGAAAUUGCAUACGUUGAACUUAGCAAAUAACCCGAUAGCAGAGUCAUGUCGGCUCUGGACUUUGGGCGUGUGUGAUUCCUUGUGCAAUUUGACGCUGCGAGGGACCCCGCUGGCGGACGCGGAGGACUAUCGCGCGCGGGUCGAGGCUGCCCUUCCCAGACUGCAGUAUCUAGACGACCGUCCGAUGCACGGCGAUGAAGAGGAUGCUCUGGAAGCAGAGUUGAACCCCACGAUGAGUUCGGAAUCGGAGAGCGAAUGCGAGAUGGACACCACGGCCGCCUCCAUGACUCCUGACGUGUCGCUGGAACCGCAACCUGGACCAUCAAAUUCACAACUAGAGAGCCUAGAAGCUGAUGUCGAUGUUGUUAGACCAUUGCGUGCCUCCCGUCGAAGACCGGCGACGACCGAGUGUGUGGGAGCGAGGCCGCGCGUGCAACUCCCGCCGCGGCCCAACACCGCGCACUCGACGCGGGAGCGAGCGCCGAGCAGGCUACAUGUGCUGAACACGCUCAUGGAUGAGGAGUGGCGCAACAGUGGUAGCAGAUUGACUUCGCAGCACCCAGUAUGUGGGAACAUAGCGAGGGCCCUGCGCCGCCCGCAGUCAGCUCAGCAGACACAUUUCAUUUCAGAAGAAGAAGAAGAAAAGCUGUUGGUGAGCGAGAGUGUCCAAAUUGUCGAAAACGCGAUGCGCGCUGUCGCGAAGGAAAUACCCCGCGCACCUUGCGUGGAGGAUUGGGCUCAGUUCAGGAAACUUACGGGCAUCGACAUCGAGAUAGACUUCGAAGCACGCCCUGAAGGGGAUGCUAGCACCGCCUUGGAUCGUCUGGAACAAAUAGAAAAGGAGACGAUGCAAAGGCUGCAAGAAGAGGUUUUGAAGAAGCCUUGUAGUAUACAUAUACCGUCCACGUCGGCCGUGAGGUACGACAUGCGAGCCCCGAGCGAAUGUGACGCGUGGAGUGGCUCGGGGGACUCCCGAGAGCCCCACGGCCCCAGGCCAGACCCCAGGCUCGAAGUCGACGUGCUGUUUAAAAACAUUAUUGAUAUGGGUAUUGAAUCGCAACACUAAUUAAUAAUUAUACAACAGAGAGAUUUUAGAAUUACAAUUUUCGUUAAUCACGCUUUGAAUAGCGAAUCUAAUGUGUUUGACAUACCUAAUUAAAGAAUGCAUGUAAAAACCUCAGUAAUUCCACUUAUCGAUUUUGAUUCUAAGACGUGCUUGCUUAACGUUAUUUAAAUAAACGGAAUAGAUUAGUGAAUUGUAAUCAUCAUCAUCAUCAUCUCAGCCAUAAGACGUCCACUGCUGAACAUAGGCCUCCCCCUUGGACCUCCAUACGUACUGGUUGGAAUUGUAAUAACUAAUUCUAAAGGUUCAUCCGAUGUUAACGUAACGGAACACUCUUGUCACUUGAGGUCGUAAGGUGCUAAGUAUAGUUAUGUGACUUUCAAACCGGAAGUCGCAGGUUAAAGCCAGGCGAAGGAAACACUUCUUGAGGAAAAUGGUCUAAUUCCAUCCUCUGCAACUUUAACUUUUAAAGAUUUUUUUUGCCUGAGUCUGCUCUUGGAAAUCUUGCAAAUAGUCUAUUUUUCGUGUAAUAUUUUUCAUGGCAAGGCUCUUGAUUAAAACGUGUAAGAAUUCAAUAUAAAAACUACUUGACAUUUUGCUUUAGCCCUCUUAAGGGCCGUCUUUUUACUAGUAUCUAGUAGAGUCGUCCGAUUGACAUGUGAAUAGUUAUCUGCAUCUAAAGUGUGCUUUGAGAUCCCUUCAUUGUUCAUUGUUGUUAGAUAUUUAUUUGUUUUUAAGACUUACGUUUUGGCCAUUGUAAUUGUGAAUGUUUGAAAGAGAUGAAUUAAAUAUG